AUGUUCAAUCGCAGGCCUUUGAUGGAGUCGGCCAAGCCGUCCUCACAAGUUGACAGCGUAUCUCGUCGUAUUGGGUCUUGCCGUCUAUUCAGGUACCAGAAAUUCGCCUUGUUGGGUACUUGGUCUUGUUAUUCUCCUGAUGGGGCAUUGCCUUGGAAAUCUCCAGUCUCGACCAUGCUCUUCUGCCUACUUGGGCCAUUGGUGUUGAGGAUCAAGCGGGCACUGACAAGGACCGUAGCGAACUGGCAACGCCAGUGGCAGCAGCAGUCCAAGUUGUUGCUCUUUUUUUAUGCUGCAUGCCUUUUGUUUCCCCUUCAUCAUCACCAACAAAAGUCUUCUUCUCGCAUCCAUCGCCAGGUCGACACUCAUCGCCGCCAUGUAAGAAGAAAGAUUCACCAGGGUUAUAGGAUACGGAUCCAUCCUGUUCGUCCAAGACUCGAGGAGAGACAGUUGAUGUGGAACGGCGCUGGACUUCCGCCGACCGACACGCCCUUCCAGAUUGAACUCCCCGCCGGCUUUGACUUUGGCAAGUAUGUUUGGGGUAGACACGGCGCCGAAUGGGCCGCCAUUCAAAGAGCAGGUCGGUUUCAAUAUGAACUUCGCUUCUCUUGGGCCUACAAGCACCCCAUCCCCGACGGUACCCCCUUCGUUGGCGACGUUCGUCAUGCCGGCAUCGCAAAGGUCCCCCGCGUCUUGGUCCUCGGGUACGUCAUAGACCCGGACUCGGACUUGAUCAUCUGGGACAACCAUAUGUGGCACUUUUGGCGUAUGAAGUCGGAUCGGGAUCUCCGCGUGAUGGGAGACAUGACACCCGAAGAGUUCUACCCAUGGGCGGCUUCCCUGCAGCCAUUGGAAGUAUCAUCUACCGGAAAGCACGUUGACCGCACCGAGUAG